AUGUCUGGUGCCAUGCCAAGUACACCCUUCCUCGCAUUGAAUCACCUUACUGACACUCCAGACACCAUACUAUUCCUGAGGGGCGAAGCAGCGAAGGGGGCAGCAAGGCUUCAAGCCUACGGCAGCCUCACUCUUGAAACUAUCGCCCACAGGAAGGGAACUAUCAAAAACCACACCACAAUCAACAAACAAUUCAUGGAGGAUCUCAACAUACCACCUAGAGCCACAAGAGACCUCACAGCACCAACCAUGAUGCUGGGACGGCACUUCACCGUCACCACUCCUGGAACUAACAACACUGAAUACAGAACCGCACUCCAACACACCAUCGACAACAUUACCAGUGAAACGAUCACCUGCUACACAGACGGGUCUCUAUCAGACUCCGGAAGUGGGGCUGGGUACAUCAUCACGACUGACAACAACAACACCACCCUGGAAGAGAGAUCAUUCAAGCUCCCUGAUUAUUGUACUGUCUACCAGACAGAGCUCACUGCAAUCAUUGAAGCCUGCAAGUAUCUCUCAUCCUACACCAAUUCACACAUCAUUAUAUGGUCUGAUAGUCUCUCCUCCAUACAAGCUAUUUCCUCGCUUUCAACGAGGAGCAGAACUACUAGAGACUGUUAUGACACCCUUAACGCACUCGGAUCGAACAACACUCUAGAGAUCCGAUGGAUCGCAGCCCAUAUUGGGUUGUGGGGAAAUGAAAAAGCGGAUGAGCUGGCCAAGCUUGGCACGACCAGCGAACACGUUUUGAAAUGCCCAAUCCCUCAAUCUUACAUCAAACGACAAAUCAACAACAAAGUCCACAGACUGAAUCAGGAUAUCUGGUUAACGGAUGGUCCUAGACACACCAAACUAACACUUGGCCAAAAGCACACCAAAAUAAUCAAUAAUAUAAACACGUCACUCAUCAACAAUAGACAAGACUAUAGAACCGCAGUCCACCUAAUCACGGGCCACUGUGGCUUAAACAAACACCUCCACACCAUCCGCAAAUCAAGCACCAGUGCUUGUCCUAUGUGCGGUGACGGAGAGGAAACUGUCUCACACUUUCUUGGACAGUGCCCAGCUAUUGCCCAAAUAAGAGGUCAAUACUUUCGGGACUACUACCUCUCGGUCAACGACAUAUUCGACAACCACCACAUUACCACAAUCGUCAACUUCACAAACCGCACCAAACGCUUAAUAGUACCAGAAGAACUGGAUCAGACUGGCGUAACUUAG